GUUUCUUAUCUCUGGGGUCUAGCGUGUCAAGCAAGUCGCGAGUAAACACCUGCUUGGCCUUGAGACCCCAGGCCUCGGUGAAGGCCUGCUCCUCCAAGGAUGCGGUGACCUAAACACACCGGGAGGCACACACGCGUUCAUCGAGAGGAGCGGAACACAUUCUGCCGCCUGACCCUGUUGUCAGCUCGGGCGCCGCGGGGUGUGGGGGGGCUGCCUCUACACCUGUUCUCCAACCCUGGAUGCGAUCGAGAAGUCCCGUCGAGACAGCUGUACAAGCACGGACCUCACAAUAAAAGCCUGAGAGUUACACUGACCUCUAGUGGCCACGCUUCGCCAGUGACCCCAAACCUUGCCUCUUCUGUGUCCUCACUCUCUGGUGCUCUCUCACCUGCUGCUGCAGCUUUUUGUUCCGUGUAUGAUAAACCCAUAAUCUGUCCUCCCCCCCCCCCCCCCCCCCAAAGUGAAAGUUGAGAGCGGAACAACAAAGUCAAAAUCUCCACCUCCUCCCGCCCUCACACCUCAGAACCCCAGAACCAAAAACCCAUCGUCCCUCCUUCAAGUAGCAGCAUGAGCGAGUCUGCCGCGGCAAAGGAUUUUUCAAAACGAUUUUAAAGCACAAUGGGGGACACGCAGAACCUUUCCCAGGUGAUUUCCCAGAUCUUCCAGGAGGCGCCGGCGGCCAGGAAGAACUUGAUCGAGAACCAGGACAACCUGCGGCAAGUGGCAGACUACUGCGAAAACAACUAUCUGCAGGCGGCCGACCCGGCGAAGGCGCUCCAGGAGGCCAAGACUUUGGCCACGCAGGCGCUGGCCAGCGUCGCCUAUCAAAUCAACGGCGCGGCCACUCUGCUGCUGCGGCUGCUGGACGCUCAGGCCGUGCAGGUCAAGCGCAUGGAGUCCUCGGUCAACCUCAUGUCGCUGGCCGUUUGCAUGCAUUGCGAGAAAGUGUCCAGGAGAGAGAUCAGCGCCUUCACGACCUCCAAAAACGUCGCGGCGGUCAAGCUUGUGGCGCCGCCCGCUUCGGGCAGGGAGCCGGCCAGGACAUAUUUGCGUUUGCCGAUAUCGUACUCCGUUUUAGACGCCACCGGCCACAGCUUCCAGGUCUCCCAGGAGCCCCUCAGGAGCAGGAUGGGGACCGCUGACAGCGCGCAGGGCAACGAAGACGCCACCACAUGGAGCCAAGGCAUUGCUGUCCCACUGCCGUCCGUCCCCGCCUUUCCCGCUGACUCCCACUUCUCCGAUGACCUCCCACCUCCUCCUCAAGCUUCGAUGGACGCCGGUUCAUCUCGUCCGACCAAUAUGGACGCCGGGCUUCCCCCUCCGCCUUCCUCGACCUCACCAACAUGUCUGCCACCACCACCUCCUCCGCCAUCAAGCAACCUCUUUUCACCCGUCUCUCUUCCCCCUCCACCUCUUCCAGUUCCAGGAGUUGCUGGUGCUCUUCCCCCACCUCCUCCUGUAGCGGGAACAGUUCCUCCUCCUGUAUUGGGAACAGAUACCCUUCCCCCACCUCCUCCACCUGAACUGGGAACGACUCCCCUUCCCCCACCUCCUCCACCUCCACCUGGAGUGGGAACAGCUCCUCCAUCUCCUCCUGUACUGGGAACGACUCCUUUUCCCCCACCUCCUCCACCACCACCACCAGUACUAGGAACAGCUCCCCUUCCCCCACCUCCUCCACUUGUGACGGGAGCAACCGUUCUCCCUCCAGCACCACCCACCGCCCCCUCCGGUGGUGCGCCACCGCCUCCCCCACCUCCACUGCCACCUCUUCUCCCUUAGCAUCCAUCCUUUGUUUCGUUUCUGUAGCCCUCGGCCACAUUAAGGUCUCUGGUGGGCUCGCGACUAUCCCAUCUGACUUCAGGCUCGAACCCGGACUGAUCACCAUCACAAUUGGAGACUAUUCACAUUCACCCCUAUGGACAAUUUUUAGUCUUCAGUGACCCCUAAACAAGCAUAUUUUUGGCACUGUGAGCGUUUGAGCAAAAUGCAAGAUACCCCACAGACUAGUGUAAAGCACCUUUGAGUUUCCUUCUGUCUGAAUGGUGCAAUACAAGUUUGACUUACUUUGACGUGGACUGGCAUUAAUAAAACACUUUGAAACAUUUUAGGGUAAAAGCCUUACAGGGGUGGGAUAGGUAAAAUGUCAUAUAGCGGACAUUACUAUACAUAUCUGUGUAUGCGUAUCAAACUUUCUCAUUUUAGCCGUUCACUCAAAGUCCACAUUUCCCGCGCGUUAUUCGCAAAAAUGUGCAGCACUGUGAAAAUAAAAGCGCUUAUUUCAGUUUCGGCUCUCCGGGCCCCGUCGUACAGCACUCCCGACAUGUUUCGACAUCGUCCCCGGAACAUUCCGAGCAAACAAGCUCAAACAGGGAUUCCUCAGUUUUCCCCUCUUGGUUUCCUUCGCCCUUCACGGCGAGGUGG